UUCUGGAAACGGAAAAAGUGCCCGAAGCAACAUCCCAGCUGAAGAUCUUCCACGUUUACACAUCCGAACUCCUCCUACAGGAGCCCACAACUGACUGCCAAGCCUCACUCUCAGUCUACAUUUUCCUUAAAAUGGUACGGAGGAUUAUUUUGAGUUUACUGCUGGCGACGUGGUUCUCCGUGGACUGUAACCCAGGGCCUAUCGAUGAUAUUGCAGUUGAUCGAUACUUUAUUCCUAAACGCUGCAUCAGAGAAGUGAAAUCAGGAGAUUUCGUGCGGUAUCACUAUAACGGCACUUUUACGGACGGAAAACUGUUUGACUCUAGCUAUGAUAGGGGGUCUGCAUUCUUUGGACAAGUGGGCCAAAAGUGGCAGAUUGCUGGUGUGGACAAAGGCAUUCUGGGUAUGUGUGUGAAUGAGCGUAGGAGGAUCACUGUACCCCCCCACUUGGCUUACGGUAGCCAAGGAGCAGGUGAUAAAGUGCCACCAGACACAACAUUAGUGUUUGAUCUGGUUCUGCUGGACAUCUUUAACAGAGCAGACCAGGUUCAGACCAAAGUCAUCAGUACACCUAAAAAAUGCAAGCGCUCAGUCAUGAGGACUGACUUUGUCCGUUUUCACUUUAAUGGGACAUUGCUGGAUGGCACUGUGUUUGACUCCAGCUACAAGCGUUCCCAGACUCAGGAUUCAGUGGUUGGGGAAGGUUGGCUCAUAAAAGGCUUGGAUGAAGGGUUGCUGGGCAUGUGUGUAGGAGAAAUACGACACUUCAUCAUCCCCCCAUUUUUGGCAUUUGGAGAAAAAGGAUAUGGCACAGAAAUCCCUCCUCAUGCAUCAUUAGUGUAUCACAUUCUCCUGGAGGACCUCCACAACCCUAAAGAUGACAUCAUUGUGGAGGUCAUGGAAGCUCCUGAACCAUGUACACGCACGUCUGUUGCAGGCGAUUACAUUCGCUACCACUACAAUGCUUCCUUCCUCAAUGGCAUCACAUUUGACUCCAGUUAUCAGUACAACCAUACGUACAACACAUACAUUGGAAUGGGCUACGUGAUCGCUGGCAUAGAUAAAGGCUUGCAGGGUGUGUGUACAGGAGAGAGGAGAAGAAUCAUCUUGCCGCCUCAUCUUGCAUAUGGCCAGCAGGGGGCAGGUAAGGACAUUCCAGGUUCAGCCGUGUUGGUCUUUGACAUCCAUGUGAUAGACUUCCAUGGCGUCAAAGAUACUGUGCAGGUGGAUAUCACACAUAAAUCUGAGGCGUGUAAUGAAACCAGUGAGGUGAAUGACUUCAUUCAGUACCACUACAACUGCUCACUGCUGGAUGGCACACUGCUCUUUACAUCGAGGGACUAUGAGACCCCACAGGAUGUGGUGCUUGGAGGGGGUAAAAUAAUUGAUGGCCUAGACGAGGCUCUUAGGAAUAUGUGUGUAGGAGAGAGACGGACGGUCAUAGUGCCACCACACCUUGGACAUGGAGAAAAAGGAGCUGGAAUUGUCCCAGGGAGUGCAGUGCUGCGGUUCGAACUGGAGUUGGUGUCUCUGCAGAAGGGGGUUCCAGAAGGCUACCUGUUCAUUUGGCUCAAAGAGAGUCCGGUUCAGUUGUUUGAGGAACUAGACAUCAACCAGGACCAACAGGUCUCUUUAGAGGAGUUUUCACAGUUCAUCAAACAGCAGGUAUCAGAAGGGAAAGGUCGUCUUAAACCAGCUCAGGAUCCGGAUAGUGUCAUCAUGGAUAUGUUCAAGAACCAGGAUAGGAACGCUGAUGGUCUGAUCACUCAGGAUGAGCUAAAACUAAAAGUGGAUGAAGAUGCAGAGAAAACACACCAUGAAGAACUGUGAAACUCUCAUGGACAUUCACAAAAGCAUGAGAACAAAGCAACAGACUCAUAAUCCUGAGGCUGAAAAAAAGACCAACAUGCUUUACAGUAUUAAAAGUUUGUACAUUUUUAAUGUCUCAUAUUUUUGUAUUCCUAAAAAUGUUGGAUCUCAAAAAUGCAUUUGUGCCACCUAAUAAAAUGUUCCAAAAGUAUUUGCAAACAUUUUAUUUUGAAAUGAAAUAUGAUGACAACCCUUACAAAAAAGAAAUGUAUUCAAGUGUGCUAUUGGUUUACUUCUUUUAGACUUAAAAUAAGAGCAUAUACUUUGUCUAGCUUUUAUGUACUACACAAAAUUAUACUCAAGUAUACUUGGCUUUUACUGACAAUACAGAAAGUCAAAGUUUAUUUGGCCUAUACAUGUAAUUCAUAAUUUGAUCAAUAUAAUUAAGUAUUUAAAUAUAAUUAUUCUUCGGUUUGGAAAAAUUUAGAUUUUUAUGUUUUUGAAAGAAGUCUCUCAUGCUCACCAAAUUCUACAUUUAUUACUGUAUUACUAUAUUAUGUAAUAUAUGUAAAUUUCAGCAGCCACUACGCCAGUCUUACAUGAUCCUUUAGAACAGGGAUCCUCAAAUCUUGUCCUGAUGGGCCAAUGCCCUGCAGAGUUUAGCUCCAAACUUGAUCAAACACACCUGAACAUGUUAAUCUAGGUCUUCCAGAAUCAUUAGAAAAUCAAAGGUAGGUGAGUUUGAGCAGGGUUCGAGGUUAACUCUGCAGGGCAGUGGCCCUCCAGGGCCGGAUUUGAGGAAACCUGCUUUGGAAAUAAUUCUAAUAUGCUAAUUAUACAAGUAUACUAUUAAGUCAGGGGUGGCCAAGGUCCUGGACAGCCACAGUCCUGCAGAGUUUUGCUCCAACCUUGCAACUUUCUAGUAACCCUUAGACCUUGCUUAGCUUGUUCAGGUGUGUUUGAUUUGGGUUGGAGUGAAACUCUGCAGGACUCUGGUUCUCCAGGACAGAUUUUGGGUACCCCUGUAUUAAGUGCAAAAAUAUUAUAUAAAUAGUAAACUAAAAGUAUGGUGUUAAGUUCACUUAAAAACCAAGUAUACUUGCAGUAUAAAAACUAUAAAAGUUUUCCUGUAGUAUAAAUCACUAUUGCCUGUAGUGUAGAUAUAGUAUAGUUGCAAUACAAAUUAAAAACUCAAAAUGUACUACUUUUACUGUUAAUGUACACUUUUACAAACAGCAGCAAGCAAAAGCAAAAAGCAGCCAAUUUAGUCCCAAUAAGUACUGAAAUAGUAGUUUAAGUUUACUACAAAUACAUUCAUUUUAGAACACUUGCUACAUGAAGUAUAAUUGGUAAAUAUACUUGAACUCAAUCUGCUUAGAAUGAUAAGUGUAAUCUUCACACAUGAAUGAUUUGUUCAUUUGUCCUUUUAUAAUACUGUUCUGUGAUAUAUGAUUUUCCAUCUGUAAGUGUUUUUAAGGUGAAUGUAGAUAUUUUGAAAUUAGCAUAUAAGCAGAUAACUUGAGUUUUUACAACUUUCUGGAUGUAGCGGUGUUUAAUGUAUGCUAUUUUUGCCUUCUUAUUCAAUUCAAUUCAAGUUUAUUUGUAUAGCGCUUUUUACGAUACAAAUCAUUGCAAAGCAACUUUACAGAAAACUAAGUUUCUACAAUAUUUAGUUGUAGUUAUCUUUGCAUUGGUUUCUAUUGGACUUUAUGUGCAUACUGUAUAUGUGUGUCCACCAGUCACCAAAACUGUGUACACUUGAAAUAGCAAAAGGUUUGCUCAUUAAUAAUUUCUUUAUUGUAAUAUGACCAUAUUAUUUCCUACAGUGACUUGCUCAAACCAUGCACAGUAACAGAUCUCAUGUCAAUUUGCACACAGUCAAGCAUAUCAAUUGGGGAAUAAUCAUAUUCUACGUGAAAAUGUGUAAUUUUGCAUUAAACAAUCUAAAAUUAACACUGUAAUCCACAGUUAUACUGCAUCAAAAACAUUUCAGCAGACAUAAAAGUACUUCUGGAAGCACUUCUGGAAGGGUAAGAACUAAUGUUCUUGGACAAUAUCAGAUUUUUAAUAAAUAUUUAUUGCAAAUCACGGAGAUCCACAACAUGUGCAUACCUUAUAACACAUGCAAAGAACUAUAUUCACCCUUCAAGACUUUAAAACAAUGAGCAGCCUUAACAUCCCAGCUACUCCUAAUGUCAGACACUUUCACCAUCGACAUACACAUACAUACAUACUCAUUUUCUCUGUGCAAGAAGGAAAGAAACAGAUAUAGAUCUUAAACACUAUUAAACCACAUCUCAACAUGAGAGACACAAAACCUACAUUUCCCAUUGAAUACAAUAUCUAAAAUCCUACAGAGUCUCCAAUAUGCAGGAAAAUGUUUGAAAAAGGCUUAAUAUUGUGUUCACUGUAUGUCUCAUGGGGUUUUUCCCUGUAUGAAAUGACAAUGAAACUCUGCAAGUCAAUACGAGAGCUAUGGAUACACUGUGAAAGCCAUUUUUAUCUUGCAUUUAGUAGAGAUUUUAACAUCGAAGCGUUACAUUAGUUCAGCUAAGAUGACGUACUUUAAGACUUUGGUGUGGACUGUAGUAAUGCCUAAAUGUUCUUCAGGUGAACAUUACAAAACGUUUUCUGGUCUAGAUGGUGCCAAUGAUUGCUUGACAAGUUUUCACCUAAGUGAAUUGCACUGAGUUUUCUUGCAAUAAAAGACAUCAAACAUCACACAUUGUAAAAGAGAGGAAAAAAGUAUUUGAGGAGAUACAAAAUGGGAAUGUAGAUGAAAGAUGAGAACUGAUUUCCAAUUUAGAAAAAAAUAUUAUAAAUAGCGAUAUAUAUGUAACAAAGACAAGGAUGCAGUGAGGGUUCUCAGUAGAUGCCUUACUAAAAUUGGAAUGGAUAACUACAGUUGACUGAUGGGAAAUGUUAUCAUAAUAAUUGACAGACAAUGCAUGACAGAACACAAGCUGAGGCGGCUAAAAUAAAAUAUGCAAAAAAAAAAAAAAAA